UGUCCGAUUCAGUGGUGUCAACGAAAUAUUAUACGAAUCACGGAUCCGAGUGAAAGACGAUGAUGUUUAUAGAAGUGCAUACGAAGUGAAAUUCUCCGCGUUCCAUGCAAUACGCGUAGAUCGUAGAGACAGAGAAAAUAUGGACACGCCGGAAUUCGUGGAAUUUGCAAAGGCGACUAUAGACUAUGUCGCGGAUUAUACUGAUAGUUUAAGAAGCAGAAACGUAUUGCCGGAUGUGGAGCCGGGUUAUUUAAGUAAAUUAUUGCCGAAAGAAGCGCCGAAAAAGUCCGAGAGAUGGCAAGAAGUGCUCAAAGACGUGGAACAAUAUAUUAUGCCAGGGAUAACACAUUGGAACUCGCCGCACUUUCACGCAUAUUUUCCAACGGCUAAUUCCUAUCCAGCUAUCGUCGCUGAGAUUUUAAGCUGCGCGAUCGGAUGCAUCGGUUUCAGCUGGAUAGCAUCUCCGGCUUGCACCGAGCUCGAGGUCAUUACGUGUAAUUGGCUUGGCAAACUGUUAGGGUUACCUAAUGAGUUUUUGAAUUGCAGCAGUGGAACAGGUGGAGGAGUCAUUCAAGGAUCUGCAAGUGAAUGUACAUUCCUUUGUUUAUUAGCCGCAAAAGAGCACACAACACGUCGAAUGAAACGUCUUCAUCCAGAAGCGGACGAGAAUCAUAUUAAAUCUAAAUUGGUUGCAUAUACUUCCAAUCAGAGCAAUUCAUCAGUGGAAAAAGCAGGAAUUUUAGGAUCAAUGCCAAUGAGGUUGCUACCAGUGGACGAUAAGUGCUCUCUGCGCGGAGAAACUUUGAAGAAAGCGAUACAGGAAGAUUUGGAGAAAGGCUUUAUACCGUGUUACGUCGUCGCUACUUUAGGAACUACUGGCACCUGUGCGUUUGACAAUAUCGACGAGAUAGGACCAAUAUGCGAAGAAUACAAUAUAUGGCUGCACGUUGACGCUGCUUACGCGGGUGCAGCGUUUGUUUGUCCGGAAUUUCGUUAUUUGAUGUCCGGCGUUCAGUACGCGGACUCCUUCAACGUAAACGCUCAUAAGUGGCUACUUACAAACUUCGAUGCUUCGGUAAUGUGGGUAAAAAACUCGAGACGACUUAUAGAAGCGUUCAGUGUUAAUAGAAUAUACCUUGCCCACGAUAAGGAAGGACUUGUACCGGAUUAUAGAAAUUGGCAGAUACCGUUGGGUCGGCGUUUUCGUUCGUUAAAACUGUGGUUCGUUAUGCGUAUUUAUGGAGUGCAAGGACUUCAAGAACAUAUUAGACACACCAUAAAACUAGCGCAGCUUUUCGAGAAGUACGUCAGGUCGGACAACAGGUUCGAAAUAGUCACCGAGGUCGUUAUGGGUCUUGUCUGUUUCCGUAUCAUAGGUGAUAACAGUUUGACAAAGGAACUCUUAGAUCGUCUGCAGACUAGAAAACAAGUGUAUCUCGUCGUCGGCACAUAUCAACAUAAACUUGUAGCUAGAUUCGUUGUGUGCAGUCGAUUAUGUCGGGAAGAAGAUAUCGCUUUUUCAUGGAAUGAAAUAAGCAGUCAGACGACGGAAAUUUUGCAAGAAAAACUUCAUGAAAAAUCGAUGAAAAAUAUUGUGAAAUCGAUGGAUGACAUUGCGACAAGGAUAGAAAGUUUGAACUUAGAAACAAAGGAAAUUUCGCAGAAAAUAUCAUAACACUGAUCUUUUAUCCGAAAAAUUUACGCAAAUAAUACAAUAUUAUAUCGAUAUUGUAUUAUGUAUAUUAUUCUUUGUGUCUUUAGUUUUGUAAAUUGUAUGCAGAGUUUGCAUCAAUGUAAUAUUUUAACAACGUAAGAUUAAUUAAUAGAGAUUAAUUUAAAAAUUCUAAUAAUAUCGAGAUUACAAUAAGUUAUGAAGCGAAAAAUUUAGAUAAUGUUAUCGUAGAAUACGCGCAUUUAGACUCGGUCUAAUGGUAAUCGUAAUUUUUACACGAAUGCUUAUCGAUUUAUUAUUUGUUGAUUUUAACAAUGUAAAAUACAAUGUAACAUUAAUUUUCAAUUACUCAAAUUUGUGUUUUCUAGA